UUUCUCACUGCACUCUACACUUGACCGGAAUCUUUCAAUCAGUGGCGCAAUUUGGUGUUUCCAAAAUGGCUGUUCAUCAAGGGUAAAGUUUAUUCACGGUCACUGUCUUAAAUCAUGGUAAAUAAUCCACAACUGAUCUUUUUUCCCCGUAGAUCGUCAUUAGCACAAACAAAGCAAAUCUUGUGCAGGUAUUACAUGCAUGGAGUCUGUAGAGAAGGAGAGAACUGCCAGUAUUCUCAUGAUUUGAAGGAAAAGCCCUCCAUGGUUUGUAAGUACUAUCUCCAAGGGUCAUGUUCAUAUGGAAAUAGUUGCCGCUAUGAUCACGUGAAGCCAUCUUCUGGAAGGAUAAGAACUUAUUCGGGACCAAAACCGAUACCACUUCUCCCAAAGAAUGAUGAUAAAAGAGAGAUGGUUUCCCUCACAAAGCAGAAGUCAAAACAUCCUAAGAACUGGGCAGAUGCAGCUGUAUUUGUUCCAGGCCAGGCCCUCAUGUGCAAAGGUCAGGAGUUGUCAGACAAACAGCCAGGGGAUACAGAUUCUGGUACAGGUACCCAAUCAUAUUCUGCAGCAGCACAGUGUGGGGUUGAAUUUGUGGAUGAGCUUGCUAAUGAAGAAGCUUCUGAAACAGUAAGUCAUGAAAGUCAGGCAAGUGUAAAUCUUUAUAUAUCAAGAAGGCCAAAACUUAACAUAAAGUUUGUUACUAACAGGAGUUUAGAUGUGACAUGUGGAAUCUGCUUGGAAGUUGUCAAAUCAAAAGCAAAUCCCAGUGAGCAAAGAUUUGGAAUACUCGCUGACUGCAACCACUCUUUCUGUUUGGCUUGCAUUCGUCAUUGGAGAAAUACAUCUCAAAGUAAAAACAAAGUUGUAAGAAUGUGUCCAGUUUGCCGAAAAACAUCUGCAUUUGUUACCCCGAGUGAAGUGUGGAUUGAUGAUCCAGUCGAGAAGAAGAAGCUUAUAGAAGACUACAAAUCUGCUCUAAGGGAAAAGCCUUGUAAAUAUUUUGCGCAAGGAACCCGGACGUGUCAAUUUGGCGCUAGUUGCUUCUACAAACACGCAUAUCCAGACGGAAGAGUCGCGGAGACAAAGCUAAGGCAUUGCAAUACUUCAGAAGGAAAUACCAAGGUUGUACAAACCUUCAGAUUAUGGGACUUUCUUGAAGCCUUAGAAGACGAAAGAACUAGUGCAGAAAACACAAUAAUUUUUCUGCCAGACUCAGAUUCCGACACAGACUGAAACGAUCGGAGACUGACACAGCAGACUUCAGAUAAGGACACCUAACUGUGCGGAGGAGCCAAGGUUUCCUGAGAUGGUGCAUUGAUACUCCAAUAAACAACAAAGUUAAAAAACGUGAAGUGCAGUACCUCCACUCUUUCAUUAGAAGGGUGCAAUUAUAUAUGCAUUUUGAAGCGUGUGUGAGUUGGCCUCUUGUUGUGUGACUACUACAUUCAACUACCGUAAUAAAUUUGCGAAAAAAGAUAAUAACUUAAAUGUAAGCGUACGGCAUUGUCUAGCGUGACUUAUGGUGGCGUGUAUUGAUUAAAUUUUUACCUAAAAACUGGUAUGAAUUUGCGUAAACAGAUGUCUCGGGUGACGUCGUUCCGUUUAGUCAAUUCUUUGCAACGCAGUAUAGUACUCUCUUCAAAAUCUCAAACUGACGUUGAAACCCGUAACCAGUUAAGUCAGCCACCAUCUAUCUUCAGCUUUCAGUGGAAGCGCUCCUAAAGUAGAUCUAUUUUUUUUCAAUUCAUUCUUAUCAUCAAAGGAAUCGAUAACUGAUUCUUUCUAAAGACUGUGGUGAAGUUACUGAAAAUAAGUAGGAAUAAUAGUGUGUAAUCCUUAUAAAAAAGCGAAAGUUUGUAAUUUCAAAUUUUGUGGAUCGACACUUCAUCAAAAAAAAAAAAAAAUGCACACGUCAAAUGUUGAAUAAAGAAGCCUUUAAGGAGGCCCUUAUUAC